AUGGAUACCUUAUACACAUCCAUUCAAGCUGCUAUCCUCAAUGGAAAUGUGGAUCAGCUGAAACAGUUAUUAUCAUACGAUAAAAAAACCGAUACGGAUAAUCGUACGCAACUAUCUAAGCCGUACGCCGAACUGAAACAUCGCAACAUUGUCUUAUCGGAAGAAAUGGUACACUACGUCGAGUACGAACUCGUGAAGGCUAGCUAUCAAAGCUAUGGUGCAAGCGCUUAUCAGACCACUGACAAUAGUUCAUGCGCGAAGGGUACGGAUGUUGCGGAGCGUAUUGCGCAUAUGGUGGAGUGCAUCGAUCUUGUCAUAGCCCAUCAUAAACCGAAUUCGUACACGGAUAUUGAUGAAUUGCUGGUGCUUCGUUUGCGGCACAUUUAUGCCCAUGUGUUUUUCCUUAAAACGCAUCUACGCAAAUUGCCCCUACUGCAGUUGCAGUUCUGCAUCGCCGUGUUCCUGAAACUAGUUACAGGCAAAGCGGUCAAUGGAUUCGACGUGUACGCAUUUGCUAUCGACAAAGAACGCCUUAUUAAUUUUUUGAAAUCAAUUCGAGACGAUGUGACGAAUGAAACGAAGCCGGCGAUAAGCUUGGAACGUUGCGUACAAUAUGUUCGACAUUUAUGUAAUCCUACUGCCGAAAAGAAGCUCUCUGGCGUUCCCAAACGCAUUCGCACUUACAUUUGGAUGAAUGUAAAGGAACUAAAUUCCAUCACAUUGGAAGGCAUCCGCGGGGAUAUUUGUUUCGAUAAGUUUCCACUGCCAUUGCAGCAGACUAUAAAAUCCUUGUACGAAAAAAUUAUCGAUUGGGACCGUCGUAAGCAAGCAAGAAAAACGUACAAGGAAUUGCAUGAAACAUACUUCAUAAUGAAGCAACACUAUUCUAUCCGCAAGGUAUUAACAUACAUCGAUGGCAUGCGGGAAGGUCCCUGCAAUGAUCCACCCCACAAGCAACCACCGGUCCCUUCGCCGGUACGGAUUCGUGCGAUAAAGCGCACCCUGCAAGUGAUCGGAGAAAUGAUUAAAAGCACACGAGAAUCACCCAACAUUACGGCCAAACUGAAUCGCAUACUUCAACUGAUCACAUCAGAAGCCCUCACGGAGCGGACAAAAGAUUUGAGACAAUUCUUCAGUCACGGUUAUUCGCUCGCCAAAUGGGAGCUGGAAGCGGAAAGCACUGACCAACUUGGGACGGUGUUUCAAAAAAUAGAGACGAAUCUUCGCGAAGCUCGACGUUGGUUCGUAUACACGCAGACUCAGCAGAAUCUGCUAAUUUAUCGACGGUAUUUGGCCUACUUGAAGCGUUUCCGAUCUAUCGAGGCACUUCGUAGCUAUAUUGCCUUCGUUGGAACGGAAUUUAAAGGGACUUUAAUUGAAACUUUCCUACCUGAGCAACUGACGGAGGCUAAAAUGCUUGUACAGUACAUGUUGGACACUUCAGAAUCAUCAGGUCCUGUGGACCCAGCAACGAGAAACGAUUUGCAGUUCAUCUUGAAGGAUUUACAAUUCCGCAUCGAUGUUAUUCGCAUAGAAAACUCAUCUCUCGGGCGUACAAUCGAUGAGUUCUUUUUCCUUGAAAGUUACAUCCACCAGCCGACGGCAACGUUUGAUCGUGUGCGACAAAUUGUAGACUGCAUACUGACCCGUACGGAGCAUUCCAAGCGUCACAAAUUGGUGCAGAAAACAGAUUUGAUGUAUGCACGGGAAUUAUUAGCGCGUCUGCAAAUGGCCGAAAGAGAUGAAACGCGUAAGUACAUGUGGAGUGCCAUUUGGACCCGUUUAGCAAAGGAACAGUUUGGUGGGCUUGACACAUUACUAGGACGCACAGAGCAACGCGUCGAUGUGGCAAUGGAUGCAACGGUCAACACGAUGCUGGCAUUAAGUCUUCCUUUACAGGAUGACGAAUAUGUGCAGUUUGUGAAUCGUCGUCUAGCCAAAAGCUACUAUCAAAAUGUGUUUGUGCUGGAUAACAAAUAUCGCGUAUUGAAGGAGGUCGUGAAAGAUCGACGUGCGCAACGGACCAACACGCGCGAGGUGCUGGAGAAGCUAAAAGAGCUCCGGAAGUCAGAUGAGCACAUGUUGCAGCGAAUGUUCGACGAAUUGCUGGACAGCAUGGAAGCUAUUUUGGACAAUUGCGACAGGAACACUGGUACAUUAUCUACAGCCACGGACCAACUAGCGCUGGAGUAUUGUCUGUUGGAAGCAUCAGAAAUACUAUGCAAUUUGACACUAUUCCGUGAUAACGUAAUCGAUCUAUCGAUGGCUAUUCCAAUAAUAACAGGGCGAAAUCUGCGGAAUUAUUUGGCACAUGAUAUGCUACCGUACGAUACGCUAACUGCCUGCACAAACACUGUCGUGCAAAAUGCACGAUAUUUAGUUGAAAAUCGAUUUCAAUUGUAUGUUACCACAGUGGUUAAGUCGACAACACCAUGUAAAGGCCGACAGUUCAUAGGAUUGCAAAAAAAUGCGCAUUUUAGAGAUAUAUUUCAUCAACAAACCGAGUGGACAAUCGAACAGGCUGAUUUGUUUGAAAUCGUUAGAAACUUUCAAACGAGCCAUUUAGAGCAACAAAUAAACUCCGGCGUAGAUGCGCUUCUCAUGAGACGUACCUUUCUCGAUCAGGAUAUCGUAUCGGUGGCGCUGGAUGGAAAUCCUUCCCGCUUUAUUUCGCAACUAAUCGGUUACGAACCAUGCAGUUCAAAUUUGUUUCAUCUGCUCAUACGAUAUUUUAAAGAUGAAGAUCUAACUGAAAAGAUAAAACUAUUGAUCAACAGUCCUGAAGUGUUUUGCUGUCGCCUUGCAUUGAAAUACGGAUUAAUCGAUGUUCUGCGUUCACAAUGGAAACGAAUCAGCGAAGAAGCGAUGAAAACGCUCAUAACCACUGAAAUGUCUUCCAUAUUCACUCGACGCUCGUCAGAAUUUAUACGCGAACUUCUACUUUUGUUUCCAUCAGAAUGGUUUCUUCAGUUACAAGAUCAUGUGAAGAACACAGUGCUCCAUUGGACGGUAUUACGCUCUGACCUGGAGUUAUUAAAAUUUGUGCUGAAUCGAUACAACAUACUCCUUAAAUCGAAAAACAUAUUCGGCGAUGUACCAUUGCUUAUCGCGGUGGUGUAUCACGCGGACGAGGUUGUUCAGCUACUGCUGGAUCACGGUGCUGAUCCAUGGAUCGAACCAAAAGUCAUACACACCGUAGCAAUGCAAAACAGACAGGAACUACUGAAAUGUUUUCCAGUAGAUAUAGGACGGAUCGUAGCUAUGCAGGCGCAUGGCUAUCAAAACAAUCCACUCAGGGCGGCCAUCGAAGCAAAUAAUUACGAAUUGUUCGUGAUGCUUCAUAAACGGUUUGGGUAUGAGCUUCACAAAGGCGAUCUACUUCAUUUAGCUGCCCGGUUAAAUAGAGUUGACUGCCUGCGGUAUAUGCUUACAGCCGAAGGACAACAUCCUGAACAGGCGAGUUUAAUUGAUUCCAACAGUAAGGAAUACUGCUUCACUCCACUUAUGCUUGCAUGUGCUGGCGGACAUCGUGAGGCAGCACAGCUACUGCUACAGAAUGGUGCGAAUGGAUUGUAUCAAAAUGAAAACAAUUACAGCCCCUGGCAUUUUGCCGUACAUUGUGGGAAAAGGUGUAUCCUUUCGCUGUUCCUAUCGAUCCCGAAUUUGGAUGUGAAUGUGGUAGCUAGGGAUAAACGAUCUGCAUUAAGUAUCGCGAUCGAAACCGAUCAAACUGAAGCUCAGAUAAACUUCCUACUAAACACUGUCGGUGUGACAGUUCAAGCAGAGCACGUGCUGCAUGCCUGUCUGCUAGGUAAAAUGGACAUUCUGAAGCUAUUAAUCAAUCGUCAACCAGAGAACAUGGAAGUGAAGGAUUUUCUACAGCGUACUCCUUUAAUGAUUGCAGUGAUUUUGAACCAUACCACCAUGGCACAAUAUCUGCUCGAUCGUGGUGCCGAUCGUAACACAGUGAAUUUACUUGGAAUGAACUGUUUGCACGUUGCAGCGUUAAAUAAUUUUAUCGCUAUAUCUAGAAUUCUACUCGCAGCGAAGGUUAAUUAUGGAGCUAAAGACAACUUUGGGCGCACCCCGCUGGUAGUUGCACUGGAAGCCGAGCAUAUUGCAAUCGUUGAACAAUUGAUACAAAGUGGAGCAAGUCCAAACAGUGCGUUUAAUUAUCGAUUUGAACAUCAUCGUAAUGCCACUCUGCUGCAUAAGUUUACGCUAGAAAAACGCCCCCGAAUGAUUGAGUAUUUAGUUAAGAACCUUCAGUUUCCAACGGAUUUAGUGGACGAUGAUGGCAAAACUGCGGAAAUGUUAGCAGAAUAG